AUGAGCUUUGGUGCCUCCGUACUAGCCCCUCCUUUGCAUUUGUCCUCACUUCCUCCAAAGCUCCAAUUGACUGAGGCUUCUGCUGCUGACUACGCUUGGUGCACGCUCAUUGACCUCAGGUGCCGAUGGGGCAGCUGCGAGGUGAAGCCAAACUGCUUGAGUGCUAUGCAACAGCACUAUCACAAGCACUCGGCCCGAGCUCAUGAACAUGAGCACCGAAGAGGUGCUGAUGCUGAAUAUGUCUGUCGUGUCAAGCAAUGCAGCAACUUCUCCCAUACAAGCAUGGGAAAGCUUGGUGACCACAUCGACAAGGCGCACAUUGACUCUGUCCCGGUCCCUUGUCCGAUGAAAGAAUGUCUAUACACCUUCACUACCAGUACCCUGCCGUCAUUUCACCAGCACCUUGAAUCCUCUCAUUCUACAGAUCUCCGCCAGAAUAUCUCCCCUUUGGACUCUUUCAAGCCUCUUGCCAACCCCUGGUCUCCUGCUCUUCCUCCCAACCCUCCUCUGCUGCCAAGCUCUGCACCAGCAGCAAAGAGUGCUUAUCAUCAUCCUGUCAUCCCUGCAAAGCGAAGGGGUGCGGCCCUCACUCGUACACUCAGUGCUAUUUCGGCCACUGGCUCGAGCAUGCAGAGCAUCUCGGGGACUCCUCGCAAGCGCACACGGCUCUCGACACGAGCUUUCGACCCGCCCACUGCACCCGUCGCGGGACCAUCAUCUGCACGCGCUCCCACCCAACCCGACGAAGAUGGCGAUGACUGGGAUGAUAUAUCUGCCACGAAGCACUUCGGUGAUCUCACAUUCAGUGCACGUGCAUGGAAUGCCCCAAAUUUGUUCGUCAAGCGCGCGAAGGGUCCGCGCUGGGAUAAGCAGUGCGCGCUCGGUGGCGAUGUCGUUGUUCAGCCUCGUCGCGCGUUUCCGCCGAAAAAAAAGGUGCAACUCAGCGAGCCCCCGUCGUACAAGGGUCCCCCGCAGAUGGUGUACAAGAUGCAGCCAGACCUUCUGACGACUUUCGUCGCAAUGGAGGAACGGCACAAGCGGCUUGAGGAGAACGGGCUAUUCACUGUCGAGCCCGAGACGACGUGGGUUACGCGCGACGGGACGGAAGUUUGA